GUAAUCCCAUAGUAGUCCAAUCAUGCCACUGUAUUUAUUCUAAUCGGCCUCUUUUCCCUACUUCUCCCACCCCCGUUCUCUGCCUCACUUUCCACUCCACACCCAUUCCCGCCCCUUUGGCCAGUUUAUAAAGCAGACCACUUGCUUGUUCACUUUUCUCUCCCUCUGCUCUUCACUCUCACGACUCGAGGAAGACGGUUCGAUCUCGGGGCUCAGUCCACCUUUCUUCUCCCUUUCUCUCCCACCGUCUGCAACCCGCUCUCCUUUUCCAACAUGGGGUCCUCAGCCGACAUUUCCGACUACUCUGAUACCGGCAAGGCCGUGGGAGCCGACAAUGAGAAGGGCGAGAAAUUCCUCGCUCCUCCCCAGUACGAUGGAGACAUGAUCGGGGAGAUGAGCGAGGCAGAGAGACACAUCUAUGAGGACGGCGUGAAGAAAUUCAGCCGCCUCGGAUGGAAGCGUCUCACCGUCGUGCUCAUCGUGGAGGCCAUUGCGCUUGGUAGUCUGUCGAUCCCCUCCUCGUUCGCUACGCUGGGUAUGGUGGCUGGUGUCAUCUGCUGUGUUGUUCUUGGAUUCAUCGCCAUCUACACCAGUUAUGUCGUCGGUCAGGUCAAGCUCAAGUUCCCUCAAGUCGCCCACUAUCCCGAUGCUGGACGGCUCAUGUUCGGCCGCUUUGGCUACGAACUGAUCAAUGUCAUGCUCAUCCUCCAACUCACCUUCCUGACCGGCUCACACUGUCUGACCGGCACCAUUGCUUUUACCAACAUCACCGAGAGUUCCAUCUGCUCCGUCGUGUUCGGCGUUGUUUUUGCCGAAAUGGCUAUUCUGGGCUACGUCGACUUCGUGUCGAUUAUUGCCGCCAUUGGUAUCACCAUCAUCGGCACUGGCAUCAAGAGCGGCAAUGCCCCGGGUGGUCUGUCCGGUGUGGAGUGGUCAGCCUGGCCCAAGGAAGGGACCACCUUCACUGAUGCCUUCAUCGCCAUCACCAACAUCGUUUUCGCCUACAGUUUCGCCAUGUGCCAGUUUUCCUUUAUGGAUGAGAUGCACACCCCCAGGGACUUUGUCAAGUCGAUCUGGGCGCUGGGUCUGGUGGAAAUUUUCAUCUACACUCUCACUGGUGCGCUGAUCUACGCCUUUGUUGGCAUGGACGUGCAGAGCCCUGCGCUGCUGUCUGCCGGACACACUCUCAGCCGUGUGGCCUUCGGUAUCGCCCUGCCUGUCAUCUUCAUCAGUGGCUCCAUCAACACCGUCGUCUGUGGCCGUCUGAUCCACGGACGCAUCUUCAAGAACUCCCACAUCCGCUUCAUCAACACCCCGACUGGCUGGGCCACCUGGCUCGGUCUGAUCACCGUCAUCACCGUCGUCGCAUUCAUCAUCGCUGAGGUGAUUCCUUUCUUCUCCGACCUGCUGUCCAUCUCCUCUGCCCUCUUCAUCUCUGGCUUCACCUUCUACUUCCCUGCUCUGAUGUGGUUCCUCCUCAUCCGCGAGGGCAAGUGGAAUGAGCCUAAGAACUUGGCCCUCGGUGCCUUGAACGUCCUUGUCUUGAUUAUUGGUCUCGUCACCCUGGUCGGUGGUACCUACUCCAGUAUCGAUGACAUUAUCAUCAACUACAGGGAGGGCAAGGUUAGAGGUGUUUUCACCUGCCACAUGGUCUAAACUUCGAAUCACCAACAGCUACGGCUGAUCUGCGCUGGUUGUAUCAUAUUUGAACGGCAACGGCUCAAUUCGCCGAUAUACCACAUUUCUCUUCCCAGUUUAUGAUUAGACGAGCCACCGGCUGGCUCAACAUAGAUGAUGUGCAUGUACAUACUGCGUUUAUUUCGAUAUCUGAGCAAGCGAAUCAUGAAUUUAUUCCUCUACA